UUCUCUCGGCGUCCUGGCACGAUGCACGCCAAAUCGUACUCGGAGGUCACCAGCGUGGACCAGUCCUCGCCGGCGCGAUCGCCGCGCCGGCCGCUGUACUACGUGCAGAGCCCUUCGAACCACGACGUCGAGAAAAUGUCAUACGGUUCGAGCCCUAUGGGAUCGCCGCCGCACCCUUUUUACCACGCCUCCCCAAUCCACCAUUCUCGUGAGUCGUCGACCUCACGAUUCUCAGCGUCGCUUAAGAACAAUAUGAAUCGGAACGGGAAUCUCUCCGCGUGGAGGAAGCUUCACCGGCCGCCGGGUUACGACGAGGAGGAGGAGGAGGAUGACGACGGCGACAACGACGGCGAUCGGGAUUCGAAAUGGAACCGGAAGUUCCGAUUGUACUUGUUUUUGUUUGUGCUGUUUGUUCUUCUUUUCACUGUUUUUUCCCUCAUCCUCUGGGGCGCCAGCAAGUCCUUCCACCCACAAAUUCUCGUUCAGAGCAUGGUGUUCGAGAAGUUUAACGUACAAGCAGGGAGUGAUCCGGGAGGUGUGGCAACGGAUCUGAUGUCACUAAAUUCAACGGUCAGGAUCACGUACAAAAAUCCUGCCACGUUUUUCGGGGUCCACGUCAGCUCCACUCCUUUUCAGCUCCAUUAUUUCCAGCUUCAAAUAGCUUCUGGCCAGAUGGAGGAGUUCUACCAAAAGCGGCAGAGCUCUCGUAAGGUGACGACGUCUGUGUCGGGGCACCAAGUCCCGCUCUACGGCGGGAUCUCGGCGAUCGGGAAUUGGAGAGACCAACGACAAGACGGGGUCGAGGUGCUACUGAACUUGACGGUGGCCGUGAGGUCCCGAGCUUACAUUCUCGGGAGGCUGGUGAAGUCCACAUUCCAUACAAAGAUUACAUGUCCUGUGACUCUUAGUAACAAAAAGCUUGGGAAAUCACACUCUUUCAAUAAAACUUGUACUUAUAAUUGAGCUUUGUGUUCUCCUUUUGGGUGAGAUUAUGAAAUUUUGUAUCUACUAAGUAGCUUUUGAGAGAAUCGUCUUUGUAAUGUCGUACUUAAUUAUGUUUAUUGGUAAAGAUUUGACUUUUUUA